CGAAAGGUUGCAGAGACACAAAAACCCUUUUUUUUUUCUCCUCACCUCUUCGAAAAACCCUUCUCUCCUUUUGCUUGGCGGCUGCGUCCACACAUCUCACCACACCUCUCUCCUCCUUCUCCUCUCCCUAAACCCUAGAUUCGAUCUGGGUUUCUCUGAUUCCAUCUAGGGUUUCUAUCUAUCCUCUCUCUCUCGGUCGCAUCCCGCGAAGAAUCUAUCAAUUCGAAUCUGUCAAAUCAUGGCUACCGUUGCUUCUUCACCUGCUGAUCAAUCUGCGGAUAUGUUGCAGAAACUUACUUUGGAUUCACAACCCAAAGGUUCGGAGAUUCCCGAGCCUAAGAAGGCUGCUGUUUACCAGUAUGGAGGUGUGGAUGUACAUGGUCAACAAGUCCCUUCCUAUGACCGAUCAUUGACACCACUGCUCCCCAGUGACGCCGCGGAUCCUUCGGUUUGCUAUGUUCCAAAUGCCUACCAGCAGCCCUAUUACUAUGGAUAUGGUGCGAGUGGUCAAGAUUGGAGCGAGUUCACUGGCUACAACCCUAAUCUUGAGGGUGUGGAAAUGAGUACUGGAGUUUAUGGAGAGAAUGGAUCCGUUGUGUAUCCUGGAUACGGGUAUGCUGCGUAUCCUUACUCCCCAGCAACUAGCCCUGCUCCACAGGUUGGCGGAGACGGGCAGUUGUACGGUGCUCAGCAGUACCAGUAUCCUACCUUUUUCCCCACUGUACCUUUUGCUACUACCCCUGCCACCCAGGGAGAUCUCUCUGCAAACAAAGCUGGUGGUGGUGUGAAGACUCUACCUGCAGAAAGCAAGAAUGUUGGGUCUGCUGCUGGUGUUGGGGCAAAGGGAAGCAAUGGACCUGCUCCAGGGAAACCGAAUAGCCAGCAGACCGCCAUUAACAAUGCCUCGAGCAAUUUCUAUGGUAAUGGUGGUCCUGGAAGUGGCUUUGCUACUGGUUAUCAGGAUCCUAGGUAUAGCUAUGAUGCGUAUUAUGGUAAUCUGUCGUCUUACGACGCCUCUAAGUAUUCGGAUGGGCAGAGAGCUGUUACUGGUGGUGGAGUUACAUCCUCCUAUUCGAAGGGGGCCAGUGUGCCUUCAUCCAGGAAUCAAAACUACCGCUCAAAUUCCAGUUACACUGGUGUGCACCAGGCUGCAGCAAUGGCAGGCUACGGUUCAACUCAGGGGUUGUACAACAGGAUGUAUCCAAACAAGUUAUACAGCAACUAUGGUAGCUCGGGGAGAUCUGCUUAUGGUUCUUCUGGGUAUGAUUCAAGAACAAACGGAAGAGGAUGGGUAAACGCAACGGAUAACAGAUACAGAAGCUGGGGAAGGGGUAACGGUAACUUCUAUGGAAAUGAGAACAACGGAGAUGGUUUGAAUGAACUCAACAGGGGACCUAGAGCAAAGGGCACAAAGAACCAGAAGGGUGAUUUAGAAGAUAGUUUAGAGGUUAAGGAGCAGACUGGUGAAUCGGAUGUAACCGAGGCUGUGGAGGCGGAGAACACAUGCAUUGUUCCUGACAGAGAAGAUUACAACAAAGAGGAUUUCCCAGUGGAUUACGAGAAUGCUAUGUUCUUUGUGAUCAAGUCCUACAGUGAAGAUGAUGUGCACAAGAGCAUCAAGUACAAUGUUUGGGCUAGCACACCAAAUGGAAACAAGAAGCUUGCUGCAGCGUACGAGGAUGCUCAGAAGAAGCCUGGCGGCUGUCCUAUCUUUCUCUUUUUCUCGGUCAAUGCAAGUGGACAAUUUGUUGGGCUUGCUGAAAUGACAGGACCAGUUGAUUUCAAUACGAACGUGGAGUACUGGCAGCAAGACAAGUGGACUGGCUCAUUCCCUCUCAAGUGGCAUAUUGUCAAGGAUGUUCCAAACAGUUUGCUGAAACAUAUCACCCUCGAGAACAACGAGAACAAGCCUGUCACCAACAGUAGAGAUACACAAGAGGUCAAGCUGGAGCAAGGUUUGAAGAUUGUGAAAAUUUUCAAGGAGCAUACUAGCAAGACUUGCAUUUUGGAUGACUUCUCCUUCUACGAGGUUAGGCAAAAGACGAUCUUGGAGAAGAAAGCCAAGCAGCAGCAGACUCAGAAACAGGUAAGUGAGGAGAAGACUGCAAUCGAUGAGAAAAAGGAAUCCUCAAAUGCUGAUAAGGAAUCUCAAACUACCGGUGAUGCCAAGGUUGAUGAGAAUGGGUCAGUUGCUAAACCAGUUGGUGUGGUUGCAAAUGGUUGCUAGGUUAGUCCAUGUAGCUCACGGCUUGAGCAUUAGAGGCAACAAGAGAGCAGAAGAUAACAUUCCCGUUUACAUUUUCUCUUGAGAACAAGGUAGUGCUGUGAGCUUUGAAGCAUGGAGGGAAGGAGCUUUAGUACCUGAGAUCCGUUUCUUUACCCUUUAGAAGUUCAAAUCCAUAGUUAUUUUUUUCAAUCUUUUCGUUUUCUCAUUUUCCCCUCGUCUUCACAAUUUUCAGUUUUUUUUUUCUUUUUUCAAUUUUCUGUUGAUCCUCCUACCCUGUAAAAAUGCUUAUAGGACCUAGAGAAAAGGACACAACAGCAGGGUGGGAUUUGUUUUCAUUUCUCUUGGAUUUUAGGCAGUUUUUUUGUUCUUCUGUUUCUUGUUUUUGGUUCCGAAAUUGACUCUGUUUUGAGUUUUUUUAUUUGUCUGAGACUUGGCCUUGGCCUCUUUUCACCUUUCUUGCUUUGGAAGUUAAUUGAAUCAUUCCAGUUUAAAA